AUGAGUUCGAGCAAUAAAGAAAAUAAAAGUUUUCAAGAAACCUUAAAACAAUUUUUCAGGCUUAUAAAAAGCAAUCCAGGAGCCUUUAAAAGAAAUGAAUUAAUUUUAACAGAAGAUAGUAUUAAAGACAUCAGUCCCGGUACAUCUUUACCUCAGAGAACGAAAGCGAUUUAUGAAUUAAGUGAAAAAUUAGUUAAAAAUAAAUUUGAAGAGCUAGACAUUUCAAAAUUAUAUUCGUGUAUCGAGGAUUUAUUAACUGAUCAGCAAAAUCGUGAUAAUCGUCAUUUAGCGUAUUCACUUUUAUCAUGUAUUUGUCGACAUCAAGCAGAACGUCUCGAUAUAUUACGAGCACGGUUUUUUAAAUUAAUUCAAAACUCAGAAUUUCCGGAAGAUGUUGUUCCUCGUUUUGAAUUAUUAAUAGCACUCACCAGUAAUGGAAAAAAUAUUUUAAAUUUUGAAGAAGAGAUUGGCCCAUUUUUACUCCAGUGUAUAACAGAAGUUACAGGUGCUGGCAAAACUUUAGAAUAUUUAACAUUAUUAGUAAAUGUUAUCAAAUUUCAUCCAGCUUAUAUCGAUGAAGAAAUUAUAACAGGAUUUGUAGCGCAUGUUACCACAAUUUGUUGUAAUUCAGCAAAUCAACAAGCAAUAGUUUUAGAAUGCUUACAAGUAUUGGAUACUAUAGUUUGUUACAGUAUUCUACCAAAUGAAUCAUUAGCUACUUUUAUCGCAGCUUUAUGUCGAACCGUGAAUCAUGAAGUGUAUUGUCAAAGUAGUUGGAAGAUAAUGCGAAAUUUGUUAGGAACACAUUUAGGACAUGCUUCAUUGCUUACAAUGUGUCGUGUUCUUCAAGAGCCUGCCUUAGCAAAUGAUCCGGGAUUAUUACGUGGUGCGGUAUUUCAUGUAAACAUGGGAUUAUGGGGACGUCAUAGAAUUACAUCCUUACAGUGUUCACCAACUGCAGUACUGCCAUCUUUUUUACAAGCUUUAAAAUGUAAUCAUCCUUUAGUAAUGUAUGAAGUAAUGCUAAGUAUUCAGAUGUUAAUCAACAAAUUCGGAUGUGAAUUACAAGAUCCGGUUUGGGAUUGUAUUCUUGACAUCAUUGAAGCUAUCAUACAAUAUAUAGAAACAAGUUCAAAAUCAAAUCCCAAUUCACAAGUGGCUAUUCAUUUACAUGAAACAUUAUGUAAUAUUGAACAAUUAAUGGAAAUUGGUUCAUAUAAAGGUUCUAUUAAACGAAUCUUUGAAUUAAUUGAACGUUGUGCACCAAUGCGUCCUGAAGCAUCUGUAUUACGAUUGAUUACAUAUCUUGCCACCGCAAUUGUGCCAACUAGACAUUUAUGGCUCAGUAAAUUGAAUCAAUUGUUAGAACGUUAUUUUAAACAUGAAACUCGAACAAAUGUUCGCCUUAAAGCAUUAGAUGUUUUGAGCAAUGUUGUUAAACUUAACAGGACUAUAUAUGAAGACGAAUUGAUGGAAAGAAUUGUAGUUGUACAUUUGCAAAACAUAACAAGUGAUACUGAUGUAAUAGUUCGCGAGGGUGCUGCAAAUUUUUUGGCAAAUUUAUCCAAAGAUUGUGAAUCGAAACGUUGUUUAGAGCUACUCGAUAUACUGGAUAAAAUUUUGAAACGUCCAUUUGAAGUAUAUGGAGAUUCUAUGGUUCCUGCACCUGAAAGUGAUUUAAUAGACGUUAAAGCUGCAGUUGUUGGUUUAAUAAAUGCAUUCGUUAUUAAAAUAUAUCGAUUACCAUUUUCUCAUUGUCUUAAGAUUUACGAAAUAUUAGUUAAUCAUUUACGAAUGCAUUACGCUAAGCCUCACGUAUUCGAAAACACAAAUUUUAUUCGUUAUAAGAUUUUUGAAACAUUUUUAAAAAUUCGUGCAAAUUCUGCAUAUCAUAUUGGAUAUCCUGAAAAUUUUGGCACUGUUGUCAUCACGAAUCGUACUGGAAUACGUUACAGUCCAUAUAUUGUUGUUGAUAAUUCUCGAGUAAAUACUUCAAAUGCCGUUACAAAUUCACCACCACCUGGUAGUCCAGCAAACUUGAUAACUCAACAAAGUUUACCGCACAAUACUGGAUCAGUUUGUGUUACACAUGUAUCAUUAAAAAGAGGAUUUAAAUGUUUCAUUAUGUGUCUGACACAAGAUAAAGAUUGGGAAGUACUUCAUCUAAUUUUACAAGAAUUGCCAAAAGUUAUGCAAAAUAAAACUUUAAUUUUAUCUCGGCAAGGUAAUAAUGAUAUCGAUUUAUUAGCAAAUGCUUUAUAUGAUAUGAUUGCUGGCAAAUCAUUGGGGUUACCAGAAACUUUGAAAAACACACCAUCAAAACUAUCAAAACACGAUUUUCAUUCACAUGUUUUACCAGUAUUGGGGUGUUUAGCAUCUUAUCAUGCUUAUUUAGAGAGUAAUAUUCAAAAAAAGAUUGUUUUGUCUCUUGUUAAAUUUGGAUUGCAAUCAAGAUGCUCACGUCAGUGUAUAACAGCGUUAACUACAUGUACGUUAGAAAUGCGAGAUGUUAUGGUUAAACUUUUACCAGAAGUUUUACUUGAUUUGUCAAAAAUAUCGGCCACCGUUCAUAUUGCUAUACCAAUAUUAGAAUUUUUAUCUACUUUAACUCGACUGCCAGAUAUAUUUUCGUCAUUCGUUGGUGAUCAAUACAUGUCAGUAUUUGCAAUUUCUUUACCAUACACAAAUCCGUUCAAAUACAAUCAUUACACAGUAUCGUUGGCUCAUCACGUAAUUGCAGUUUGGUUUCUAAAAUGUCGAUUACCGUUUCGACGAGAUUUUGUUAAAUUUAUAACAACCGGAUUAAAAACAAACGUAAUAGUACCUUUUGAAGAAGGGCAAUUGUUUAAGCCCGAUUUAGUUUCAAUGAAUGAAGACUCUAGUAAUCGCAAGCGCAGUUCAAGUUUGACAGAACAAGGAUCACGUGGUCGAAGAGAUCGCACUAGUGCCCCACCAGCACCGGUAACGAGACUUGAUGCUAGAGCAGCACUUGAUUUACGACCACCAAUUGAUGAGGCUUUAAACACUUUCCACACAGAAUUGACUGAAACGUGUAUUGACUUUAUGGCACGGUAUACUUUUUCACCAUGUUCAGCAUUACCUAAAAGAUUGCCAACAGCAGAUUUUCUAUUAUCUGGUGGCCAGUCAAUGACGUGGCUGUUAGGUAACAUGUUAAUAACCGUAACCACGAGUGGUUGUUCAACAAAAGCUCUUAAAAAUGGACUUUGUGACAAAUGCUGGUCCAUUUGUAAAUCAUUUUCAACAACUACACCAGAUACGGAAAGAUAUGCAAAAUCGAGUUUUAAUCGCUCUACAAGUGGUGAAGAUUCCCAAAGCAGUCGAAUCACACGUCAAAGUUCCAGUGAUAUUCAAAAAUCAUCUCAAGAAUCACCUGUUGAUGAAAAACGAGAAUUUAUAUCAACGAAUACCCUUUCAUCGAUUCAUAACACUGAAAAUUUAGAACAACAAUUACCAAAUAAAUUACAUCAACUAAUCAAUGCAGAUCAAACAAAGAGUACUGAAAAAUUGAUUUGUGCUUGUUGGUGUCAAGGAUGGGCUGAAAUAUGUAUUCGUAGGCCAACUGGUGAUAUUUCUUGGGUUAUGAGAAUUCAAAAUCAAAUUAGUAGCCAAAACUUACACAAUGCAGAAUUCCCAUUAAGUGAAUUAUCAACAUUAUAUUUACCAUCAUUAGAUCGUCAACGAGAAGAUCGUGAGACUCAUAGAAGCUCAUCGAAUAUAGAAAUUGAAAUUGAAUCAAGUAUUGAAAAAAGUGGCAAUAGUAUCAAUAAUAUAAAAACAAACUCUGUGUCAGGCCCUAUUAAUAUUCCCGGCUCUCCAUUGAGACAAUCACCUUCACGGCAAAAUUCCCAAGAAAGUGUAGAUGAUGAUUAUGACGGUGAUAUAUAUGAUGAUAAUUUAAAAUCAAGAAAUCCAGUUCGUCGAUCAAAUUCCAGUCCAGAAAUGUCUGCAAGUUGGAAAAAUCCAUUUUUAACACAAGAAAAAAUUGAUAAAAUGAAUGUAUUUAGUGGAGAUAACGAAGGUACAUCUGAAGUAUCCCAAAAGAAGAAUAAAAGUAAUUAUUGCAAAGAUAUGAGAGUAUCUUGCGAAGCUAUUCCGGAAGAAAUGUCAGGUUUAGGUACAACUCCUCCAACAAACGAAGCUAUUGACACAACAUCACAACACCAUCUUCAUAGUUACCAUAGUUAUCCUGGUACUGUUCCACAAGGAACUGACUCUGAAAAUACUAAAGCCUCAGCAACGGUUCCAUCAUCACCAAUUACAUUAAUUGGAACAGGACAAAAUCAAAGCCAAGAUUUAUUUAAAAGUGUAAUCAAAUCAAAUACUAAACCACACACAACUGAAAAUGCAGACUCAAAUGAUAAAGCUACACAUACGAGUAAUAGACCUAAAAAUCUUCCUGUUCUAAAUCAUCCAUUAACAACUAAACCACCACAGUCUCCUACCCAAACAUCUCCAAGAUUACAAAGACAUCUAGCAAUUGAUAAUAGUCAACAAAAAAAUAUUAGCCCAUUAAUUCGUAGUAAUACAUUGGAUAAACAAUCAAAAUUUGGUCAUAGCACCGAAAAUGUUAAUAAUGAUUCUAGAAAUGAUUUGUCAUCUAUGCCAAUUCGACGAGAUCGUGGUCACACAAUAUCAGUUAUGAGUCAUGUACGCAAACCUAGAAUACGGCGUACAAAUUCUCCACGUACAAAAGAAGUUCCUAAAUCAGGGAUUAAUCCUAGUUUUGUUUUUCUACAAUUAUAUCACUCUGCUACUUUUGGAAUGAAUGACAAACCAUUAUUAGUUGGACAAAGUCAAGCUGUACAACGAAGCCUUCAACUGUUAGAUAAAAUACCACCAUAUGAAAUUCACAAAGUUGGUGUAUUAUAUGUGGGACCAGGUCAAUGUAAUAAUCAAGCAGCAAUUUUACGUAAUACAUAUGGAUCAUUACGUUAUGUACAAUUUUUACAAAAGCUGGGUACAAUGAUCCGAUUACAAGAUAUAGAUCCACAAGUAUGGAUUGGUGGUUUAGAACAAAAUGGUAAAGAUGGUAAAUUUGCAUAUGUAUGGCAUGAUGAUGUCAUGCAUAUGAUGUUCCAUGUGGCAACGUUAAUGCCAAAUCAAGAUAAUGAUCCAUCAUGUAACGAGAAAAUUAAACAUAUUGGUAAUGAUUUUGUUACUAUUGUGUAUAAUGAAAGCGGUGAUGAUUACAACAUGAACACCAUAAAAACCCACUUCAAUUUUUCAUGUAUUGUAAUCGAACCUUUAGAUCAUAAUACAAAUCGAGUUACAGUUAAGGCUCGUGAAGAUUUAGCAGAGCAUAUUGGACACAGUGAACCAAAAAUAAUAUCUGACCAAAAUCUUUCAAUUUUAACAAGACAAUUGGCUUUACACGCUAAUUUGGCAUCUUUAAUAUCGAGUUCAUUGAAAUCAUCGCAUGGAAAUGUAAAUGUUUACGCCUCAAAUUGGUUAGAACGUUUACGUCAUAUUAAACGAUUACGUAGUAAAGUUUUGCAAGAAUUAGUUGAUGAGAAAAAUUCAAAUGGAUCGGUGAAUUCACCAUCAGAGACAGAAACAUCCACUAAACGGAAUAAUAAGCUUCAUAUGGAUGAUUUUACUGAAUAUACAUAAUGCUUUACACUUUCAUUAACUGCCAAUUAUUAUUAUUAUAAACUGUUUUUUAAUCAUUUAGAUAAUAUAUAAUAUUGUUUCAUAUAUUAUGUAAGACUGAUGUUCUAAUAAAAAUUUUAAAAAAUUUA